CGUAUGUUCACCUUUUCAUGGUGGAAAUAGAACUCCACGCCACUAUUAUUUUAUUUCCCUUUUUCAUCAUCUUCACUAAGCACAAUUCAAUUUCAACUCCAGUUUCAAUAAUUUAUCAAUGGGUGCCGGUAGAAAGCUUCAAGGUGAGAUCGAUCGAGUUCUAAAGAAAGUUCAAGAAAGUGUUGAUGUUUUCGACAGCAUAUGGAGCAAGGUUUACGAGACUGAAAAUGCCAAUCAAAAGGAGAAGUUUGAAGCCGACUUGAAAAAGGAGAUUAAGAAACUAAAAAGAUUCAGAGAUCAGAUUAACACAUGGAUACAUUUCAGCGAGAUCAAGGAUAAGCAGGCUCUGAUGGAUGCUUGCAAGAUUAUUGAGCAAGAAAUGGAACGAUUCAGGAUUUUUGAAGAGACAAAGACAAUCUCUUUCUCUAAGGAAGGAGUGGGACAGCAGCCUAAAACGGAUCCAGCCAAGUCAGAGACUAGAGAUUGGUUGAACAAUACGGAUGACCUUGUUGAUGCAAUUUUUAAUCCUAGUGAAGACCUCAUUGGACUUCAGGAUGUCGCGUACUUGAACAUUCCUCUACGAAAAUUAGUUAUGGAAACUAACAACUUCAGUAAAGAAUACGUGAUUGCAAAGGGUGGAUUUGGGUUGGUGUACAAAGCCCAAAGUGAACAUGGCACUAUCGCAGUAAAGAUGUUGGAUCCUAGGUUUGGGCAAGGAGAGCGUGAAUUCAUGAUGGAGAUUGCAAUGCUUUCAGCUUAUACACAUAAAAAUCUCGUCUCUCUUGUUGGAUUUUGCAACGAGGGUGAUAAGAAAAUCCUUGUUUAUAAGUAUGAAAGUAAUGGGAGUCUCGAUCAACACUUACAUAGGAAAGAUCUAACCUGGAUCCAACGUCUUCGAAUUUGCUUAGAUGUUGCCCAAGGAUUAAAGUACCUUCAUGAUGAUAUUGGAACACAGCAUAGAAUACUCCAUCGUGACAUGAAGAGCGCAAACAUCCUAUUAGAUGAGAAUUUCAGAGCUAAGAUUUCCGAUUUUGGGUUGUCUAAAAUAGCUCUUGCAAAUGUGCCGUGUACGAUUCUUAUCUCUGAAGUUUGUGGCACACCAGGAUAUUGUGAUCCAGAAUACUAUAAACAUGGCAUUCUUACACAAAAAUCUGAUGUUUACUCUUUUGGGGUAGUGAUGUUUGAAGUCUUGUGUGGAAAGCUGGUAGGUGUUUCAAAGCAUCUUGAUGAGCCUUUUUCAGCAGAAUUACCCCAAAGACAUUACGAAAAGGGAACCUUAGAUAAGAUCAUUGAUUCCAAUCUACGAAAUCAAAUGAGCUCCGCUUCCUUGAAUAUAUUUUCAGCCAUUGCUCAUCAAUGCCUGAAGUGUCGUGGACGAGAUCGCCCAAGGAUGAAUGUGGUUGUGAAAGAACUAGAGAAAGCUUUGGUUUACCAACAAGUUCUUUUCCUGGAAUAAGGCAUCAAGUGGAUUUUGUGUUGGAAGUUGCCCUAACUCUAGAUCAGCUUGUUUGGUGGCUGUAUGAGGUAGCUAGUUCUGUUAUGAGCUAGUUCCAUAUGGAAUGAUAUAACUGUAGAGCGUCUGAAAGUUCAAAUAGCCAAAGUGAUUGGUAUACUCGGCACCAUAGUAUGCCUUCCAAUUAUGGCUUAUUAUUCUGAGGAAACUGCAGAUACACAUAGGAUGCACAUGUAACGACAUUCACACCAGCUAUAUAUCUUAUGCUCUUUGCAAUAUUGCUUUCCCAUAACAUCUUUUAUUUAUUGUGGAUCUUCAACAAGAGAUGGAGUGAAUCUAUUGUUAAUGAUCGAUAGUGGAGACCUGAUCGACGUUGGAGUAGAAUUGAUCGAAGAUAUUGAGGAUCGGAGACGUUGAAACAUAAUUUUUUGAUGAUGAUGGUGAUAUGAUGAUGUUGAAACAAAAUUGGUCGGUUAAGAUGUGAUGCUCAAUUAUGAUGGUAUGAUAUUGACGAUAUUAGAUUGUAGAUGAUCGAUGGAUAUAAGAUCUGAUAAAUACUAAACAAUUGAGAUUUUAGGAAGUCAUAUAUUAUUGUUAUGAUUUAAUUAAUAACUACAAUUACCUACUUGCCUUUUAA